GAGUGAAUCCCUAAUCAUCUGUGUUCUGGAGAUUUGGGAAAGAUUUACUUUUGGAGGUAGCCUCUCUUGGAGUCACCACAUUCACGCUAUGUGCCCUCUGCAUAGAUCGCUUUCGUGCAGCCACCAACGUGCAGAUGUAUUAUGAGAUGAUUGAAAACUGUACAUCGACAACUGCCAAGCUGGCUGUUAUAUGGGUGGGUGCACUGCUCUUGGCGCUUCCGGAGGUAGUGCUGCGCCAGCUGACCAAGGAGGACGCCGAAUACAGUGGCAGCCCACCAGGGGAGCGGUGUGUGGUGAAGAUCUCCACUGCGCUACCUGAUACUAUCUAUGUGUUGGCUCUCACGUAUGAUGGGGCAAGACUCUGGUGGUACUUUGGCUGCUAUUUCUGUUUGCCUACUCUUUUCACUAUUACUUGCUCCCUGGUAACAGCAAGGAAAAUCAGGAGGGCGGAAAAGGCUUGUACAAGAGGGAACAAGCGGCAAAUUCAGCUAGAAAGUCAGAUGAACUGCACAGUGGUGGCUUUGACCAUUUUAUAUGGGUUUUGCAUCAUUCCUGAAAACAUCUGCAACAUUGUGACUGCUUACAUGUCCACGGGGGUCUCUCGGCAGACUAUGGAUCUCCUCCAUCUCAUUAGUCAGUUCCUAUUGUUCUUUAAGUCCUGUGUUACCCCAGUUCUCCUUUUCUGCCUCUGUAAACCUUUCAGCCGGGCUUUUAUGGAGUGUUGUUGUUGCUGCUGUGAUGAAUGCAUCCAGAAAUCUUCAACAGUGACAAGUGAUGACAAUGACAAUGAAUACACCACAGAACUGGAGCUCUCCCCUUUCAGUACCAUUCGUCGUGAAAUGUCUACUUUUGCCUCUGUGGGGACUCACUGCUAAUUGACAGUAGGAGUUUAUUUACAAUAUCUCUUCUUUUCUUUACUUUUUUUUUAACUUCAUAUUUUCCCUCUUGAAACAAAAAUGCAAGAAAAAAGCUGAUUAUUGAAAACUAUUCUGGAAACCAAUUUGCAUAUUAACAGUUGUGCUUUGGAAAGUAAGUUCUGUUUAGUUAUUAAAAUGAAAGAAAGGGAGAGCAGGGGAGGCAACACUGAGUUUUAAAUCAUAAUAUUUUGUCUGAUGCUAGCAUUUUAUUGUUUGGGGGGAGGAAACCAUGUCAAUCCACUUUCAUUUAAUUCCAUGAUAGUUUUUGAUAAUCGCUGUAAAAUGAUUAUGUAGACAUUGUGUUUUCUGAAAGAUGUUUAAUGUAAAAGAUGUGGUGGAAAGUAUUUGAAAGUAGUUUUAAUCCAAUUACUGUACAUUGUUCUGAGAGAACUUGUACUUUUGAAAAUUUAUAAGGUAGCAUAAAAAUAAAUGAGAUUUUAUUCUUUAAUUUCAUUGUCAAUCCACAUUUAACAAGGGAACCUAUAAAUAUUAUUAAAUGCAUUUAAUAAGUAGAAAAAAAUCUUUGCUUUGCAUAAAAUAAUUUAAAUGGCCAUAUUUAAUUUGCCAUUCAUGUACUUACCAUUGAAGACUGUAAUUGCAGUGUUUAAAGAAGAAGGUUAUAAUGGUAUUAGAUUUACAUGAGUGUUUUUUUAAUGUGUAUUUUGGAGGUUCCGUGUGCCUCGCUGAAAAUUUUUUUUUUAACCUGAAGAUAUACAAAACAUGAAUUAUUUUGUACUUCUUAAGAAGAAAGAUUUGCUUCCUCACUAAUCAGUAUCUUGUGUUGUUUCAAAAUCCAGUUUCUUUCCACUUUAUUGUUAGUUUUACAUUAAAAUUACGUUUUCGGUCUCUGUAUAUACAACUCCUACUGGCUUCAGUGAGAGUUCCAUUGCAGAGGAAGGCAUUACUUUGACAGAGAUUUGCUGACAAUAAAUGAGAGGGACUGAAAAAUGUGGAGAGCAAAUUCCUUUUGUUGUUGUUGUUUUUUUUUUUAAGAUAAAAAAACUCUUGGACACUUGGGGCUUGACCCAGAGACCAUUGCAGUCAAUAGAAAGAUUUCCAUCAAUUUCAGAGGGUUUUGGAUCAGGCUGGCAUCUCCUAUUUAUUCUGGGUUAUGUAGCAUGAAUAUUAAUCAUGAGGGUUCUGUAUACUGAUUAUAAAUUACAUUGCUCUCACAGAGACUGCUAUUCACUAGCAGCUCACAGUUCUGAAACUCUUUCUGAGAACAUGUUUUGUUUUGCUGAUGGUUUCUUGCUGUCCGCAGAGUUAUUAAAAGAAGGAUAUGCCAACACUGCACACAACAGUGUGGUAUAGUAAAAUCUAAGGUUGUUAUAAGCAAGCCAGGCUGGAGACUAGAAAGUGCCUAAGUGUAGCAGCAUAGCUUAUUUGCCCCACUUCUUGGCUGAAGUAGACAGGCUAUUCUCAGCAAGCAAGCAGACUCGUAUUUACACUGGGCAGCAGGCUGAAGUGUAGACGCAUGCUGAGGAGUUUAAUUCGUUACAAUUAUCUUAUAUUUUAACUCUCAUUAAAUAAAUAAUAUAAUUACAAUAGCAUUGGCAGAAGUAAAAUCAUAUGCAUUAGUCCUUUGAAAUUAACAGUGAUUGCAGCUGAAAUAGUCUCCCUUCCAAAUACCUGCCUCUAAAAAACUUGAUGCAACUUCUGGAAAGGAGCCUAUUUUUCUUUUAUUCUGGACUCAACAUGUUUAAAGUUUGUAUCUGCACAUUCGACCAUAAAACAGUUUGAUCUGAAAAUGUGUGGACCUGCAUUCUUCUUUUUCUGUUUUUUGAAUCAGAAAUUAGGUCCUAGCAAAACAAUAUGCUUUAAGCACAGUCCUAAAUUUAAGUGUAUGAUUCUGUUUAGGACGUGCUUAAGUAUCUAAGUAAGUUUUUAAAAUCAUUUUGUAGAAAGUGGUCAGUCGGUUCUGAAGACAGAGAAACUGUCCUUUCUUUAUAAAUUCUUUAUGGACCUCACACAUUGCUUGAUUACAUGCAAUAAGCUAUCAAACAGACAAGAUGAAAACAAAUUCUUCUCUCUGUGGUGGCUGACUUUGCUCAAAUACAUAUUCCUGUCUGCACAUUUUGAUUGUACUAGUCGUCUUUUUUUUUAGGUGCUACUAUUUAUGAAGAGUGGAAAUAAAAUCUCCCCUCCUGUUCCUCUAUCAUGUUGCUGGCUAAAUUGUUUCUCUCAGCUACCUUUUCAGUCACAGCAUGGAUAGUGAGUGAUUCAAGGCCCUGAGACAGAUACAGGAACAGCAGAAUAUGAGGAAGCACUUUUUUAAAGAAGGAAUGAUAGAAAUAGCUCGAGGAGGUUAAGCGGUGACUUUUUGAUAAUUUAGACGCAAGGCCACAUUAGGGCAGGAAAAGUUCCCAAUUUCCUUGGGUACUAGGUGCUUCCAUCUUUCCAGUCUACGGUGAAUGUGUACAAGCUCUGCCAAGGACAACUAUUCCCUCCCAGACUAAAUGCUCUGUAACCCUGAGUGAUGCAAUUUGCUUCUCCAUUGAAACAUUUCCACAAUAUGUGUAUGCUCUCCAUGCAGAAAAAAAAUCAGCAAAAGAGAUAUUUAAAAGGUCAUUGGAGAAGAUAGAAUGUGAAGAUCAAUAAUCAUUUGCUUGGAAAUACACCCUUCUGUUUGUGUGGUGGAGCCUUCUCUAGCCUUGUAUUCAGUGGAGGCUUCUUUGUGUCUAAUUUAAUCUUGCUUUUUCUGCUGCUGAAAGCAUUCUUUACAAUUAUUUCUCACUCCAUAGCAAUCGGACACACAAGACACCCUUUUUUUCUAAUUUGUUCUUUAAAUUGGUUAAACUAAUCCCAUAUUAGCAGGUUUGUAUUUUUGUUGCAGCUUGAAAAAGUGAUUGUAACACAAGUGUGGCUUAUUAAUGCAUUUAGGUGUCAGGAUAAAUGAUUCCUUUUGUUAAAGAUGGGGUACUGCAUUGUUUUGCUUC